AUGCGAUUGCAAACAAGAAGUUUAUUAAGCUUUGCACGAUCGAUUGUCGUUGUUGUUAUACCAAAAACAACAACCCGAGCUUCUUUCUCUUUUGCUUUAUUGAAGCUGGAUGGAAGUUAUCACGUGGAUGUGUUCUCCAGCAACCGAAAGAUCGAUAACUUGAUCAAAUGUGGCCGUCUUGAUUCAGCCGUUGAGAUGUUUGAAGCAAUGCCUAUCCGUGACGUCGUCUCCUGUAACUUGGUAAUAGCUGGUCAUGCUCGCCAUGGGUUUCAAGAGCUGGCCCUUGAUCUCUUCAAAGAAAUGGUUUUUCGAAGCCUUAGAGAAAGCCCAUCCACAUGUUCUUUAGUUUUGGGUAUUUGCAGUGAUGUUGGGUUCUACCAAGAAGGCCUUCAAGUUCAUUGCAGAGUGGUUUUGCUUGGGUUCAACGCAAACUUGUUUGUUGGGUCCACACUGAUUGAUCUGUACCCGCAAGCUUCAUAUCUUAACCCUGCUAUGCAAUUGUUCGAUGAAUUGCCUGGUAGAAGUUUAGCAACGUGGAAUUUGGUUCUUCGUGGGUUCUAUCAAUUGGGUCGAUCAUAUGAGAUGCUAGGAUUCUACUUGAAGAUGAAAUCAGAUGUUGGGGUUGAUCCAAAUGGUGUUACUUUCUGCUAUUUGAUAUAUGUCUGUGCUCGACAUAGAAUGGGUAGAGAGGGCCUCAAGAUGCUUGAGACCAUGAUCCAGGAGGAUCUGAAGCCAGAUGUUGUAACAUUCUUGUCUAUGUUAAUGGGUUGCAGACACUCAUGUUUGGUGAGAGAAGAGCAAUUAAUAUUUGAAUCAACGGAAACCAUCCAUGCCGUCUACCUAGACAAGAGGCACUAUUCAUGCAUGGUUGAUCUUCUGGGUUGUAUAGUACAUCAAAAUGAGAAGGUAGGAAGAAGAGCUGCAAUAGCUUUGCUGGAACUCAACCCAGACAAUCCUACGAUGCUAUUGCAGGCAUCAAGCUUCUAUUCUGAAAUUGGUGAUACAAAGAUGUUCAUGAAAAUUAGAGAAUACAAGGAAACGAGUGAAAUGAGAAAGGGGACAUGUUACAACUUUAUUGAGUCAAUCAAUCAUGGUUACUCUUGA